UCAACGGGGAAAGACUCAACUCACAGAUUAGCGCCCGGGAAGGCAGCCGAAAAGCCUCGGGCUGGAGCGGAACUAGGGGCCGUCCCCCAGUUAAGGACCUCCAAGUCCGGGUACCCGAAUUCCCGGCCAGCUGCGGCUUUGGGCAAAACCAUUCUCCGGAGUCGGAAAGGGGAGAAAAGCCCAGUACUCGGAGCCGAAGUCCGCGGAAACAGCUGGAACAUCCACUCGCCUCUUCUCUUACAUUUUGUGCUCCGACCCGCCCCCAUAAGCUCAUCCCGCUGCGCGUCCCCUCGCCCCGGGCACCACCAUUUGCUCUUCGGCCGCCCCCUCCCGCGCGUGGUACGGCCCCGCGAGCGCACGUCCAGACACAGGUUAUAAAGCCCUAGCUGCUCGAGUCAACAGGGGACUCAAGAUGCGCCCUAAACGGUCGGGGCCGGGUUCUGUCUGGAACCGGCCGGGACCCGGGGAUCCGGCGGCAAUAGCCGCAGCUCCUCUAUCCGCAACCAAUCCGGCUCCGGAGCCCUGUGCCGUGCCCGAGCCCGCCUCUGCGCAAGCACCCGCGCCGGGACAGAGAGCAGGAUCCGGUUCCACAGCCGUUUCGGGACCCUCAGCCGGGGCUCGCCGCGCAUCCGUGGCUGGAUCGGAGGCUGGAACCCAGCGGGCAUCCGCAUUCUCGGCCGUCCAGGGGAAUGCCCAGUCCGUACCCAACAACUCGGAUGCGUCGCAGACUCGCUUCAUAUUCCAAGGGCCGCCCUUUGGUCCCCGAGCCACUGGCCUGGGGACUGGAAAGGCGACGAGAAUCUUGACGGCACCGGCUGCCUACAUCGGCCAGCGGCCUGGGGUGUCCGGCCCCGAGCGCGCCGCCUUUAUUCGGGAGCUGGAGGAAGUGUUGUGUCCUGACCUACGUCCGCCCGUCAAGAAGAUCACCCAAGAAGAGGUCAAAAUGAUGUCAAGUUUGCUGGAGGAGCUUCUCCCGCGUGUCUGGGAGACCCCAGCAGCCAGGAACCCUAUUCCCCAAUGGAUGGAGGUCCUUCUGUAAAGAGAGCGGGACCUGAACAUGGCAGCCUGCAUCGGCCAGUCCCUGGUGAAACAAAACAGCGUUCUUUUGGAGAACAGGAGCCGGGGAGGAGGUGCCUGGGAGGAGCAGGGAGGGGUGUAUCUCAGACAGCAGGUGAGCCUGCAGGAUGACCUCCUUCAGCUGUACUCAGACUCUGAUGAGGAGGAGGAUGAAGAUGAAGAAGAGGAAGAGGAGGAAGAAGAAGAGGAAGAGGAGGAAGAAGAAAAGGAGGGGGAUGAAGAAGAGCAGAGGCCUGAGCAUCCCUGUGAAGCCUCAGAGCUGACUCCUGUGACGGAGUCAGAGUCGCACCACUGCCCGCAGCUGGAGGCCCUGCAGGAGCAGCUGCGGCUACUGGAGGAGGAGAAUGAGAGGAGGUGAGGACGGGGGAAGAAGGCGUCUCAACUCAGCGACCUUGAGGAGGAGGAACAGAUAUUCAUCCUGGAUUGUGUGGAGCAGUUUUUGGAGGCCACCCAGCAAAUGGCCGAGCUAUCGGAGGUGCUCGCUCUCAGGAUGGAGAACUAUGAACAGCAGUGGAGGGAGGUCGCCCAGCUGCAGGGCCGGGUCAUGAAGCUACAGUGCUGCUCCCGGUCGUAUGGGGCUGAGACUGUGAAGUUGCAGAAGCAGCUGGGUUCAGAGAAAGAAAUCCAGAUGAAGCUCCAGGAUGAGCUGCAGGACCCGCAGGGGAAGUGCUCAGAGUGUGGGGACGUGCUGAUGGAAGCCCAGGAGGAGGUGAAGACCCUCCGCCAGCAGGCCGUGGCAUCUGCUGGCUCCGUCACCCACUGCGCGUGCACUGCACCUCUGGAGGCACUUCCUGAUUUCCAGGAGACCCUGGCUGAGGAGCUCAGAAUGUCUGUAAGGAGGAUUAUCUCAGACCCUGUGUUUUUUAUGGAAAGGAAGAGGGCAGAGGAGAUGUUAUUGCUAGUCUGUUCUAUGCAGCAGGGUGAAGUUACUAGGGGAAGGGGGGCUUGUGCAGAGUUGGUGACCAUUGUUCUUUUUGCCAGGGCCAUAGGCUGGGUCUUUGAGGCCUUGAGGCUUGUACCCAGCUGCCUUCUCCCUUGGCUGGGACAGAACUUGGGAGUAACCAUCAGGGUCUGUGUAGAGCCUGGGGUUGAGUGGGAGCCCUGGUGGCUGGAGCCCCCGGGUGCAGAUGAAGGGGGAGGCUCUGGUUUAGAGGGGGUAGGAAAAGACUUUCCUGUCUGCCUGCCCAGAUAUGAGCUUCGCUACAGAGAGGAGAGAGCACAGGAGCAGGGGCUCGAGGCUGGGGAGGGGCUGACCGGCGAGGAUUUUGUGCCUGUGGAAGAGCUGGUGCUCGAGGAGCAGCUGGGGGCUAUAGAAGAGGCAGUGCCAGCUGAGGAGAGGAUAACAGAAGAGGCGGAACUGGUGUCUGAAGAAGCUGAGGCCUGGGAGGACCUGGAGCCGGAGGUAGAUGAAGUGACUCAGAUGAACAUGGUGACCUCAGCCCUGGAGGCCAGCGGCUUGGGCCCCUCACACCUGGACAUAAAGUAUGUCCUCCAGCAGCUGGCCGACUGACAGGAUGCCUAUUUCAGGCUGCAGCUGAGGCAGAAGAUGCUCCAGAAAGGCUUUGCUGUUCCCCAGCAGCCUGCAGAGGCCCCACAGACUGCCUGA